AUGUUUGAUGAGAAAAUAGAUGCUGAGGAGAAAGCUUUCGAUGAAUUUAUCAAAGAAUAUGGACAGAGAGAAGAGGAUUGGACUAUUUAUGAUAAUGAUUGGCACAAUUUCUAUCCAGUUCUAAUAGAAUUGCCAUAUUAUCUACUUGAACUUCGAUCAGAAAUAUGA